AUGGCAAAAGCAGCUAAGAAGAAAUAUUCUACCGCGCCAACAUCGGCUAAGCAAGUAGCAGCUGAAAAACAUUUAAGUUCAGUUUUCAAAUUUAAUACUGAUUUAGGUCAACAUAUUUUGAAGAAUCCAUUAGUUGCACAAGGUAUUGUUGAUAAAGCAAAUAUCAAACCUUCCGAUAUUGUGUUAGAAGUUGGUCCAGGUACAGGUAAUUUAACAGUUAGAAUUUUAGAACAAGCAAGAAAAGUUGUUGCAGUUGAAAUGGAUCCAAGAAUGGCAGCAGAAUUAACUAAAAGAGUUCACGGUACACCUGGUGAAAAAAAAUUAGAAAUUUUACUUGGUGAUUUUAUGAAAACUGAUUUACCAUAUUUUGAUAUUUGUAUAAGUAAUACCCCAUAUCAAAUUUCAUCGCCAUUAGUAUUUAAAUUAAUUAAUCAACCAAAUUCACCAAGAGUAUCAAUUUUAAUGUUUCAAAGAGAAUUUGCUUUAAGAUUAUUAGCAAGACCAGGUGAUUCAUUAUAUUGUAGAUUAUCAGCAAAUGUUCAAAUGUGGGCAAACGUUACACAUAUAAUGAAAGUUGGUAGAAAUAAUUUUAGACCACCACCACAAGUUGAAUCAAGUGUUGUGCGAAUUGAAAUUAAAAAUCCAAGACCACAAGUUGAUUUUAAUGAAUGGGAUGGUUUAUUACGUAUUGUAUUUGUUAGAAAAAAUCGUACAAUUUCUGCAGGUUUUAAAUCAUCAACAGUUUUACAAAUUCUUGAAAAAAAUUAUAAGACUUAUUUAGCGAUGAAUAAUCAAAUGGUUAACGAUGAAAGUGUUUCAUUAACGGAUGUUGUUAAAAAUAAGAUUGAAACUGUAUUAAGAGAAACUGAAUUAAAUGAUAAGAGAGCAGGUAAAUGUGAUCAAAAUGAUUUUUUAAAAUUAUUAUAUGCAUUUCAUCAAGUUGGUAUUCACUUCUCAUAG